GGUUGUAUUAGCUGCAAGCGGAACGUAGGCGCUUUAGGUGUGUGUUGAUCAUGCACUCUCGCGUCGUCUAAUGUCGUAUGUAUUCUAGAGGUGGUGUGGUGAUUGACUUCAAUGCUAAUGAUUAUCCCCAAGGUUCAACGAAUGAAUUCAGGCAUGAUCCGGAUAGAGAUGCUUGUCUUCCUCUUCUAUCUCCAAGCCGGCCAUAAAAGAAUAGAUAGGCAAAGCAGCCAAUAGCAGUCUGUUCUUGCCUAUCGAUAGAUAGGAUGUUGCUUCCAUAAACCCUUUUCAAGUUAAUUGUGUUAUUGAUAGAGAGUGGUAUUUUCCGCCCCUGUCAAAUAAAGUAGAGGGAGAGAACUGUCCGAAGGGUACUGCUUCAACUGAUACCAAUUAAUUGGUCCGAUCUCAACCGCUCCGUGGGGGGCGGACCCCAACCGAAAGGCGCUAGACGGACUAAGGGCAAGCGAGAUAAAGAAAGCAGCUGGCCCUAUGUGUAAAACCUUGCCGCGGGAGAGUCUUUCUCCAAUGAAAAUGAAAACCGUUUUUGGGCAAGACAAGAAAGCGCCCUUUGACACCAAGGGAUAAGAGCUGAUUGCUGGCAAUGACUUGGUGAAGGAAAUCUAUGAGAGAAGGUUCUCGAACCGAACCGGGUUCCGAUCGAAUAGAGCGCGGAGCCAACAAGUUCAGCCGAACAACCGCAGGGGCUUCCAGCAGUGAUAGCUGAACUAACCAGAUGGGCCGCCCAAAACCUGGAGCUGACAUUUGAAUCGGAAAUCAACGUCGCGGCUAUCCGAAAAACGCAGACUGAAGCUACGGAUCACAAAAUGCAACACAACAAGGGGCUUUCCAAGCGCUUGCGCGAAGGAAGAAGCGAAUCAAUCAGAAUGGGAGGAGAAGCGAAAGAAAGAUUUUCGAGCCCAGCAAUCAACAACGGCUUCAAAGCCGUUGCGCGCUAGCUUGUAGUUGUUAGGGGGGGUGCCCCUUUCUAAAACUUUUCUAUAAUAUAAGGUAAGCUUUUUGGAACCAAUGUUUUGGAGUUUUCCCCAACCUAUACCUUACUAAAAAAAAGGGGGCUUAUGUUUUUGCAUUGCACUGCCGCAUAAAUAAUAGAUCCGCUGGGCUGGAUGAGCAACCUUUGAUGGAAAGGAAUAGUUAAAAGCCAUGUCACUUGGAACUGGUUGCUUACUUACUUUGAGUAAUACCACUUUGGUAAGCUAAAUUAUCAUCUAUUAUAUAGGCAUGGUUGCAACCAAUACAAGAGCUAGCUUCUAUAUGUUCUUCGCCUUCACAUCUAUCAGAAGCAACCUUCUAUCCGGCCUCUGUAACCAGUAGUGGAGUCGCUUGCAACUUUCAAUCAUCAAAGGAAGAUUGAGCAAGGCAAAGGAGAAAGAGGUUGUCCCCUCUUCUCUGGUAACCCACCGCCGCAUAUGUAGGUAGAAAAAGAGGGAGCGGGAAAGGCAGAAUGUUUGACUUUGGCACAUAAGGUGGCGGGCUAGGUAACAUAAUGGAAAUGUAUCGGACUGCAAAUCCUAGAAUGACGGUUCGACCCCGUCCUUGGCCUCGAGGAGUGGUGAGCAGCACGGAACUUUCAUCAAUCAAAUGGCAUAACAUAAGUAAGGGGGGCUUUCCUUUGUUAUCAAUCCACAGACAACAUUCUGUAACUUACAAACCAAAGAAAUGCAAUAUGCGAGCUUUUUACGCUUCAAUAGAAUGAAUUCGGUAAGGGUAGAAUACGCCCUAUGGUCGGUCAAAGGUCCUGUGCCACUUUCACUCCAAUCUAUAUUACCUUCAAUCCAUCUUUCUUUGUCUAGCCAGCUCAUAACAAAAUGUUAAACCGGCUGACACAACCGAAUUGGUUGAGGAAAAGGAAAGCCCAGCGACCAAGCACUCCCGCCAGGUUGUCGAGGACACGUCUGAAGAGGAGGCGGGCGCCCCCUAAGUUUACCACCCCGCCCACUAAUGGAUUAUGAGGGGGGGGCAGGUGAACGGGAACCGACCGAAAACCCGAACCACUUUACUGACCCCUGAAUACUCGAUUCAUUAGAAUCGGGGAUGGAUGGAACCAAUCAGAAAUGCAAAUAGCACAAGCGAAGCCGGGAAACGGACCGCAACGACUAGGACUCGACUCGUGUCUCCGGAGUUUUGAGCGUGAGCUACCACUCAUGCAGCGGCAAGGACCCGCAACUCUCGAAGGGGCCACAAACCGCCCGAAUCACUGUAGCAAACCCCCCCCUUUACUCAAUGGAUAGCGCUUAUUCUCUUUCAAUCAACAAAAUGAUCAAUGGGGGAUCAAGAGGUCUUUAUUGAAGAAGGCACCUGAAAUAGGACUAAUUCAGAUCCAGAAGAAUGGGUCUGGGCUGGAGAAAAGAUGAAGAUGCAAAGGGUAAAGAGUUGGUCUUUGGAACAACCAACCUGAUAGUUGGAUUCUAGCUCGCCCACAACAAGCAGAUGGAGAUUCUCGGAUGGGGAAAAACGGCACUCGACAUCUAUUAAACAACACCAA